CAGCAUGGCCGGCGCGGGGCUGCGCCGGGCGCUCGCGGCGCUCGCGGCGCUGCUGGCGGCGCCAGGGCUGCUGGCGCUGGAGCCCCCCCCAACAGCCGACAACUACACCGUGUGCCAGGGUGACAACGCCACGCUGAGCUGCGCCAUCGACGCCGAGGUGACGCGGGUGGCCUGGCUCAACGGGUCGCACAUCCUCUACGCGGGGGGGGACAAGUGGUCGCCGGACCCGCGCGUGCGGCUCCUGACCCACAGCGCCCGCGAGUUCGCCGUGGCCAUCGCCGCCGUGGGGCCCCGCGACGAGGGGCUCUACACCUGCUCCUUCCAGACGCCCGCCCGGCCCCACGCCGCCCACGUCUUCCUCGCCGUGCGCGUGCCCCCCCAGGGUCCCAGCAGCGAGGAGCCGCCGCUCUGCCGGGCGCCGGGGCCCCCCCCAGAUCCCGGCUCCGUGGACAGCGCCGCCCCCCCGGGCCUGGCCCUGACCUUCGGCCUCGCCGCCAUCGUCAUCGUCACCCUGUGACCGCGCCUGGGCCCUUCCCGGACGCCUGGGCCCCUCCCGGAUGCCUGGGCCCCUCCCGGACGCCUGGGCCCCUCCCGGACGCCUGGGCCCACCUGGAUGCCUGAGACCACCCGGACUCCUGGGCCCUUCGUGAAACACCUGGGAAUCCCCAGGAAGCCUGGAUCCGCCCCGGACGCCUGGGCCCCUCUCGGACGCCUGGGCCCCUCCCGGAAUCCUGGGCCCCUCCCAGAAGCCAGGGCCCCUCCCGGACGCCUGGGCCCUUCCUUGACACCUGGGACCACCUGGACGCCUGGGCCCCUCCCGGACGCCUGGGCCCCUCCCGGACGCCUGGGCCCCCUCUGACCCCCACACUGUGAGCGACCGGAGGCCCCGGCGGGAUACGCGUCCGAUCCCGGCGCGUGACGUCGGCGUGUGCGAGGCGCCGUCCCCUCCCCCGCACACGCGACACGUGUCGUCACGCGUGUGCUGGGGGGGGAGGGGAAAAAGAAAACAAACCCAAAACCCCGAAACCGCCGUUUCCGCCGGUCGAAAAAAAACGUCGUCGUCUUCCGCGGCCACAGCCGCUUUCGGGGCUGUUCGGGGCGAUUUUGGGCCGUUCACUGGCCCCCCCCCCAGCGACCCUGUUUUUUCCAAUAAAAAUCGUGCAAAAAGCA